AUCUCUUUUUCAUACACCCGCUCGCGCUGCUGCGACUCACAAACCCUUCCCACCAUAAAUCCCCUCUCCCAAUUCCACUCCCCGACACCCGAUCCAGCCCUUCCCCACUACUCCCUUCCCUAGCCGCCAGAUCUCGCGAAACCCUAGCCCCCCCUCCUCCAUGGGGAAGCCGGCGGAGUACGAGGACGACGACGACGAGGUGUCCACCUCCGUCGGCGACGAGCAGCCGGAGGAGCAGGAGUCGGACGGAUCCGAGGAGGAGGAGGAGGAGGAGCCGGAGGGGGAGCAGGCGGCGGGGGACGGCGAGGACGAGGAGGAGGAGGAAGAGGUGGACGAGGAGGAGAUCGUGGCUGCCACCACCGGCGCCGGCGCCGCCGACGACGACGACGCCGGCGACGGCGCGGGCGAGGCCGAGUCUACCGAGGACGACGAGGCCGCCGCCCCGGAGGAGGGCGGCGACGAAGACGCCGACGAGUCUGAAGACGCCGCCGGAAACGCAGAGGUUGGCAAGCGGGAGCGCGCCAAGCUCAGGCAGAUGCAGAAGCUCAAGAGGCAGAAGAUCCAGGAGAUACUGGAUAGCCAAAACGCCACCAUCGAUGCUGACAUGAACAAGAAGGGGAAGGGGCGUCUCAAAUACCUCCUGCAGCAGACUGAAAUAUUUGCUCAUUUUGCCAAAGGGAGCCAAUCAGCGGAGAAAAAGUCUCGCGGAAGGGGUCGUCAUGAAUCAAAGGUGACAGAGGAGGAGGAAGAUGAAGAAUACCUCAAGGAGGAAGAUGCCCUUGCUAGUGCAGGAGGAACACGCUUGCUUAUACAACCAUCAUGCAUAAAUGGGAAGAUGAGAGAUUACCAACUAGCUGGACUUAACUGGCUCAUACGUUUGUAUGAGAAUGGCAUCAAUGGGAUAUUGGCUGAUGAAAUGGGUCUUGGGAAAACUCUCCAAACUAUCUCACUGCUUGGAUAUCUGCAUGAGUUCAGAGGAAUAACUGGUCCUCACAUGGUUGUUGCACCAAAGUCUACUCUUGGCAACUGGAUGAAGGAAAUCGCACGUUUUUGCCCUGUUCUGCGUGCUGUCAAGUUCUUAGGAAACCCAGAAGAAAGGAAUCAUAUACGGGAAAAUUUGUUAGCUCCAGGGAAGUUUGAUGUCUGUGUUACUAGUUUUGAAAUGGCAAUUAAAGAAAAAACUGCAUUGAGGCGUUUUAGCUGGCGCUAUAUUAUUAUUGAUGAAGCUCAUCGAAUAAAAAAUGAGAACUCCCUUCUUUCUAAGACAAUGAGGCUUUUCAGCACCAAUUACCGCCUGCUCAUUACGGGAACUCCACUGCAGAAUAAUCUUCAUGAGCUUUGGUCUCUUCUCAACUUCUUGUUACCAGAAAUAUUUAGCUCCGCGGAGACUUUUGAUGAAUGGUUCCAGAUCUCAGGGGAAAAUGAUCAGCAUGAGGUUGUUCAGCAGCUUCAUAAGGUUUUGCGUCCCUUUCUCCUUCGAAGGCUUAAAUCUGAUGUUGAGAAAGGUUUACCUCCAAAGAAGGAGACUAUACUUAAAGUUGGAAUGUCUGAGAUGCAAAAACAGUAUUAUCGUGCUUUACUUCAAAAGGAUCUGGAGGUUAUUAAUGCUGGUGGUGAGCGCAAGCGCCUUCUUAACAUAGCCAUGCAACUGCGCAAGUGCUGCAAUCAUCCAUAUUUAUUCCAAGGCGCUGAGCCUGGCCCACCUUACACAACUGGGGACCAUCUAAUUGAGAAUGCAGGAAAAAUGGUUCUGUUAGAUAAAUUGCUUCCCAAGCUAAAGGCCCGUGACUCUAGAGUACUAAUAUUCUCCCAGAUGACCCGUCUUUUGGACAUCUUGGAAGAUUAUCUCAUGUACAGAGGGUAUCAGUAUUGCCGGAUUGAUGGUAAUACUGGUGGCGAUGAUCGUGACGCUUCCAUUGAAGCUUUCAACAAGCCAGGGAGUGAAAAGUUCAUCUUCUUGCUUUCAACUAGGGCAGGUGGUCUUGGGAUCAAUCUUGCAACAGCUGACAUUGUGGUUCUUUAUGAUAGUGACUGGAAUCCUCAAGUGGAUUUGCAAGCUCAAGACCGUGCACAUAGAAUUGGUCAAAAGAAAGAAGUUCAAGUCUUCCGUUUCUGCACUGAGUAUACCAUUGAGGAAAAAGUAAUUGAGAGAGCAUAUAAGAAGCUUGCCUUGGAUGCUUUGGUCAUACAGCAAGGCCGAUUGGCAGAACAGAAAGCUGUCAAUAAGGAUGAGUUGUUGCAAAUGGUGAGAUUUGGUGCUGAAAUGGUAUUCAGUUCCAAGGAUAGUACAAUAACAGAUGAAGAUAUUGACCGCAUUAUCGCUAGAGGAGAAGAAGCGACAGCACAGCUUGAUGCAAAAAUGAAGAAAUUCACAGAAGAUGCCAUUAAAUUUAAAAUGGACGACACUGCGGAACUUUAUGAUUUUGAUGAUGACAAGGAGGAGGACAAGCCUGAUUUUAAAAAGCUAGUUAGCGAUAACUGGAUAGAACCUCCUAGAAGAGAAAGAAAGCGAAACUACUCGGAGUCUGAAUAUUUCAAGCAAGCACUUCGCCAAGGUGCACCAGCAAAACCUAGGGAACCAAGAAUUCCCCGAAUGCCAAACUUGCAUGAUUUCCAGUUCUUCAACACUCAGAGGCUCAAUGAAUUAUAUGAAAAGGAAGUCAAAUACCUAGUGCAAACGAAUCAGAAAAAGGAUACAAUUGGUGAUGGUGAUGGGGAUGAUGAAGAUCAACUGGAACCACUGACCGAGGAGGAGCAAGAGGAGAAGGAGCAGCUGCUGGAAGAGGGCUUUUCAACAUGGACAAGGAGGGACUUCAACACAUUCAUUCGAGCUUGUGAGAAAUAUGGUCGUGAUGACAUAAAGAGUAUAUUCUCUGAAAUGGAAGGGAAAACAGAGGAGGAAGUUCAGCGGUAUGCUGAAGUUUUCAAAGAAAGAUACACAGAAUUGAAUGAUUAUGACCGAAUUAUUAAGAACAUUGAGAAAGGAGAAUCAAAGAUCUCUCGAAAGGAUGAGAUUAUGAAAGCCAUUGCGAAAAAGAUGGACCGCUAUAAGAACCCAUGGUUGGAGUUGAAAAUUCAGUAUGGCCAGAACAAAGGGAAGUUGUACAAUGAAGAAUGUGACAGAUUCCUGUUAUGCAUGGUGCACAAACUUGGCUAUGGAAACUGGGAAGAACUGAAGUCGGCCUUCCGCAUGUCUCCCUUGUUCCGUUUCGAUUGGUUUGUGAAGUCCAGAACCACCCAAGAGUUGUCUAGAAGAUGUGACACUCUCAUUCGUCUGGUGGAGAAGGAGAACCAAGAGUGUGAUGAGCGUGAUAGACAGGCCAGGAAAGAUAAGAAGAACAUGACAUCCUCAAAGCGUCCUGCGGCAAGUAGUCCAGCAUUUGAGUCUCCCAUCCAGAGCUCUUCCAAGAGAGGGCGCCGGGAUGGCAGUGCAGCCUCGGGAAGGAGAAGGCGACGGUGAUCUAGUGUUCCUGGUUGUUGACAACAAAGGGAAGCCCCCAGACGUGCCCCAUCAUCUCAUCCUGUGUGUUUGGACU